CUGGCUUCCAGCACCAUCCCGCCACCCUCACGCAGCACCAUCAUCACUUCUGCAUGAUCCCGCCAGCAGCUGCGAUCAUCUGCGGGAUUGCUCCGUGUCCGCGCGUCUCCUUCAACAUGGACUUGCGGGAUUUGCUUCUGUUUGUUGCAGUCGCCGCCUGCGCAGUGAAAGAUGCAUUUAUCUGACAUUCUUUGGUCCAUUCGAGCCGGAUGACAACAUAUCUGCGUCCUUGGGGGGAGGACCACGCCGAUUGAAGUCUGUCGACAGCCCGUGAGACUAGGUCUGCGGAGGAAAGUCCGUCGUAGUGAAUUCUACGCCGGCCAAUCGACUGGUCUGAUCCCUGGGUCCGGAUUGACGUUAUCCGUAAACCAGUCAGACCACAACAACAAGGCAAGUAAAGCGCUUUUACAGGGGUUCGAGUCCCCGAAGUGGCCCAGAAUUCUGAGGGACAGGUUCAAGUCCUGUUGCCUGAAACACGUGUGGGUUUGAAGUCCCGGAAAAGUCCAGAAUUCUGUAUAAAGGUGUAGGUUCGAGUCCUGCAGCCUAAAACGCGUAAGAGGGUUCAAGUCCCUAAAAGGCCUAUUAAAAUUUAAAAAUAAAUAAAAAUAAAGUUUUUUUGGUGUGAAUGUGUGUGCCUGUGUGAAAGGAGUGAACUUGUUCGAAACAGUGGGCAGCUGGAAACCUUGCGGUGUUAACACAAGGCUGCUUGUUGAAGUAGAACAAGAUUUCAUCUCAUUUGGCUUUAGGUGGAAGGAACCCAGAGUCUAAAACGUGUUUUGCUCCUGGGAGGACCCUAAACGUGUGACCGGAUCAGACAAUAGGUCUGACCUAGAAGCUUGUUGCACGGGGAGUGAAAUUCGGUCCUGAGAGAAAUUCUCUGUUGGUUCUGAUCACACUCUGUGACUAACGUAAAUAAUAAAAAAAAUAAAAAUAACAAAAAACAAAUGGGGAAUUCGAAUAGAAAAGUAGAAUUAACAGGGGAUUCAAAAUACAUGGAAAGAGCUCAUCCAGGCUCAACUACGUUCUUGAGAAAAUGGGAUAAAAACUACAAUUUUAAGGGGAAUCUUGGAGUACAGGCAUGUACUGAAUUAGUUCAAAGAUUACAAAUUAAAAACAAAAUAAAAAAUAAAAAAGAAACAAAAAGUAGUGAAGAAUUAAUUUGUGCUAAACUGUGGUUAAAUGAAGCAACAAAAAGAAAGAAUGGCAUUCAGAAAAGUAAAACUAGGGAAGCAUGUCUGAUUGCUAAAAAAGAGGAUGAUGAAUCAGUUGUGAUAAGACCAAGACCCCUGCAGCAGGCUGCAGCUGAGCUGCAGGGUGAGCGGGGACGUGAUGAAGAAGGGGGGGAACAGAAUCCAGCUGUUUUCUCACCCCCUCCUUAUGAGGGGCCAACUGCUCCUUCCUUGACGGGUCUUUACCCGCCACUGACUGAUUUAAAUAAACCAGAAAAAGAAAAAAUGAUGUUAAGAGGAAAAGGGAAAAAACUUGAAUGGAGUAAAACUAUGGGGGUUGGUUUGGAAGAAGCUGGAGGGUCAUCUGAAAUUGCUGAGACAUUUCCAAUGAUUGAAGUGCCCAAUCCUAGAGCUGGAGAAGAUGGCCAGAGACCUACACUUCUUGUGUUUAGGACCUGGACAGUGGAGGAUGUUAAGAAGGCAGUAGAGGGAGUUAUCUCUCACAGGGAAAAUCCACAUGAUUUUCAUGAGCAAAUGAUGGAAGUUCAGAGAGCUUAUCAUCUGAAUGGCAUUGAAUGUCAACAAGCAUGGAUGACUGCUAUGAAAGCAGACUGGGCAAAAGUAAAGGGAAAUUGGAAUCCUAUGAAUGAUGACGAUCCACCCAGACCUCUUCCACAUAACAGUCAAGAGUUAAUUCAAAGUCUUACACUUUUAGGACAAAGAAUUAGAGAAGCCUUUCCAAUGAGACCUGAUUAUGGAAAGAUUGGUCAAACUAAACAAAAAGAUGGAGAGUUAGUGUCUGAUUUUAGAGUCAGAUUUGAAGAAGUUUUUAAAGCUAACAGUGGACUCAGAGAUGAUGAUAAUGAUGAUGGUGCCUAUAGACAGCAGCUGAAACAAGCCUUACUGCAAGCUAUGAGACCAGAGAUUGCAGACUGGAUAAGGAAGCAUUACAUUGAUCUACCUACAGGAGCACUACAACAGUUUAUGAAUUUUGCUGUUCAUGCAGAAAAAGUGAUGGUGAAUAAGAAGAAAUUUAGAAAUCAAAGUGUAGAUACCUUUUGGCAGGAGGAAAGUAGUGAUGUGUUUUUUGGAAGGAACAUGAACAGAGGAAGAAAUCGUGGACGUGGCCAAGGGCGUGGUCGUGGAAAAGGAAAUUUUAAAGGAAGUUUUAGAGGAAGGUUUAGAGGAAGUAGCAACAGAGGGUCAGAGCAGGUUGAUGAUGGAUGUUGGAUUUGCGGACAGAGAGAUCAUUGGCUGAGAGAUUGUCCUGAAAGAAAGAAAUCAGAUUGACUAGAUGGUAGAAGUAAUGUCAAGAUUAACAAUGAAUCUGAACCAGAAAUUCAACCAAUUUGUGAUGAAUUUUUAGAUCUCACUGAAGUUUGUCUUAUGGAAAAGCCAGAAAUAACUCUUUAUGUUCAGGGACAACCGUUUGUUUUUCUUUGUGACUCAGGGGCUUGUAGAACUGUGAUAAAAAGUCAUUACAAUGAUUUUCCUAAGUCAAAUAAAACAAUACAAAUGAGAUCUGCAGAUGGUCAAAUUGAAACUAAACAUUUGAGUAAACCAGUUUGUUUUGAAAAUCCUGACACUAAUGAAACAACAAGCAUUCCUGUGGUUUUAGCACCAAACUGUCCUUUUAAUCUUUUAGGGAGAGAUGUCAUGAUAAGAUUAAAGUUAGGAAUUUACCCCACCAGAGAAGGGGGGAUGCAAGCACGACGUUGCCCAGAUACAGACAUCUGUGUGCUAGAAGGCAGAGGUGAACCAUACUAUUAUUGGACUUUAGAUCUACCGAAAACUGAUCUUGGACAGACUGCAAAAAACUUAAUGGAAAAAGCAAAAGCCAGAGUGUCACCCCAUGCAGAUUUUAUGUCUCCAGAAAAUCUGUAUGUCAUGUUAAGAUGCAAAAAGUCUCCUGGCCCUGACAGGAGAUAUGAUGAAGCAGUGAGUAAACUAGGAUUUCAAAAAUGUACAAUAAAUGAUUUUUAUUGGAAAGAUGAAACUAGUUUCUGUACUGUGACAGUUACACCAGAAGCAAAAAAUUUAAUGUAUACAGAAAGACUGACAAAUUGGAAACAGAUGGCAGAUGCAGUUCCAUUUAUUUCUUGUUCUAAAGGUUCACGAGAAAAAUGGGAAGAAAUGAAAGAACAUGUGCAGGAAGUGACCUAUACUUUGGACUGGCAGACUGAUCCGGAAACUGGGAUUUCUACCAAUCCUGAAACUAAGUUUAAAAGGAUUGCAUUAAACUGGGUAGUGAUUACACAGGCUAAUGCGCAUCUGACUGACAGAAGAAGCUGAGUGAAAAUUAUGUUGACAGAGGAAGAGGAAGAUUCUCUUAAAGAUCUUCCACAGUCACUUUGGACUAAAGGGCCAGCAGAUGUAGGGUUAAUUAAAGGAUGCCCACCAGUGGUCAUUAGAGGGAAGACAGAAUAUACUCCACGGAAAAAACAAUAUCCUUUAAAGGAUGAUGCAAAAGAGGGAAUAAGGCCUGUGAUAGAUGAACUGUACAAAGCAGGAGUGUUAGUACAGUGCCCAGAGUCACCUUGUAACACACCAAUUUUCCCAGUUAAAAAGGCUCCUCCUUCUACAUCUUGGAGGAUGGUUCAAGAUCUGAGACCAGUAAAUGAUGCAGUUGUACAAAGAGCACCUAAUGUACCAGAUCCUCACACUUUGUUAAAUACCUUAGAUCCAAGAGCAGAAUGGUUUUCAGUAAUCGAUCUAAGUAAUGCAUUUUUUUCAGUCCCCUUACACCCAGAUAGUCAAUAUUGGUUUGCAUUUACUUUUGAAGGAAAGAAGUACACUUAUACAAGACUACCUCAGGGCUAUGCAGAAAGUCCUACCAUUUUUUCUGAUGCUAUUUCAAACUGUUUAGCGGGAUUUGAGCCACCUAUGAAAAGUCAAAUCAUAACUUAUGUAGAUGACAUUCUCAUAGCAUCAACCUCACAGGAGUUUUGUAAAAAAGACACCAUAGCUUUAUUGACUUAUUUGGCAGAGACUGGAAACAAAGUAAACAAAGACAAAUUACAGCUAUGGACCCCACAAGUUAAAUAUUUAGGCCAUACUUUAACAUCUCAGGGUAGAAAAUUAAAUGAAGACAGAAAAGUGGCGAUUUUAUCAGCACCACAACCCUUAACAAAGAAACAAAUGAUGUCAUUUUUAGGGUUAUGUAAUUACUGUCGCAUGUGGAUUCCAAACUAUGCUGAAAUAGCAGCCCCACUGCAAGAAUUGAUUUAUGAAGCACCUAUGGCAGCUUAUGAUAAAAUUAAAUGGACAGAACAAGGUGUAAAAGCAUUUUGUGAAUUAAAACAAGCAUUAGCCAGAACAACAGUGUUAGCUCUUCCAGAUUACAGUAAACCUUUCAGUCAAACUGUAGACUGUAGAGAUGGAUUUAUGACAUCUGUUUUGUUACAAAAAUAUGGAGAUAAACAGAGACCUGUGGCAUUUUAUUCUUCAAAAUUAGAUCCUGUAGCAAGAGCAACACCUCCUUGUGUUCAAGCAGUGAUAGCAGCAGCAAUGGCAGUGGAAAGCUCAGCUGAAGUAGUGCUUUUCCACAAGCUUACUCUGUAUGUGCCGCAUGCAGUUUCAGUUUUACUAUUACAAACUAAAAUGACAUUUUUAUCACCAGCAAGACACUUAUCAUGUUUAGCUACAUUGGUCUCACAGCCUCACCUGACUGUUGAAAGGUGUACUACAUUGAAUCCAGCUACGCUGAUGCCUACACCAGAAGAUGGAGAACCUCACAAUUGCUUACAAGAAACAACUUUAGUUUACAAGCCGAGACCAGACUUAUCAGAUGUACCACUAACUGAGGGGGAAAUAGUUUUUGUUGAUGGGUCAGCAAAGAAAGAUGAGACAGGCAGGAACAAAGUGGGUUUUGCUGUUGUAACUCAAGAUAAGGUUUUGAAGGCAGGACCCCUGCCCGGAAAUUACUCAGCACAAUCAGCAGAGUUGACAGCCUUAACUGAAGCAUGCAAACUGUUUAAAGAUAAGCCAGUUUCGAUCUAUACUGAUAGCCAAUAUGCGUUUGCUACAGUGCAUUUGUUUUGUCAACAGUGGAAGAACAGAGGGUUUAAAACGUCAACAGGAAAACCAGUAACGCAUGUAGACUUACUGAAAGAAUUAUUAACUGCUGUAAUGUUACCAUCUAAAGUGGCAAUAUGUAAAUGUGAGGGACACACACGAAGAACAGAUCAUAUUUCUAAAGGAAAUGCCUUUGCAGAUGCAACAGCAAAGCAAGCUGCAACAAAAGAUGUAGAAAUAUGCACAAAUGAGGAUGUGACUGCGGAUGCACCCGCUGAUGUUUUAAAGGAAAUGCAACACAGUGCACCGAAACAAGAAAAAGAUUUAUGGUUGAAAAAGGGAGCAAAGUUGGAACAAGGUCUUUAUGUCAGCACAGAAGGUAAACCUAUUUUACCAAAAUCCAUGUACAAAUGGGCAGCAAUUUUGAGUCAUGGGCCUUGCCAUGUCUCAACAGGGGGGAUGAUGAACUUAUUAGAGAAAUAUUAUACAACUUAUGGAUUUAUUCUCUAUUCAAAAAAUUUUUGUAAACAAUGUGUAACAUGUAUGCGUCAUAAUCCCCAAGGCAAUGUUAGACCUAAGAGAGGAAAAUUUCCUGAACCACCUUUUCCUUUCCAUACAAUCCAUAUGGAUUUUAUUGAAUUGAAUAAAAGCAAGGGAUUGAAAUAUUGUUUAGUGAUUAUUGAUGCAUUUUCCAAAUGGGUUGAAAUUUUUCCAUGUGCAACACAAGAUGCUAUUACAGUAGCUAAAGCUAUUUGUAAAAGAAUAAUCCCAACUUUUGGCAUACCACAAGUGAUAAGAAGUGAUAAUGGUACACAUUUUGUAAAUCAAGUGAUAGACAAAAUGGCUCAACAUCUUUGUAUUGAUUUAAAGAGACAUUGUAGUUAUCACCCACAGAGUGCAGGAUUAGUUGAGAGAACUAAUGGCACUAUCAAAUCAAAGUUAAAGAAAUGCAUGGAAGAGACAAACAGACAGUGGCCUGACUGCAUAGACUUAGUUCAACUAAGCAUGCGUAUCACACGCACAGCAGGUCAACCUUUAACGCCUUUUGAAAUGUUGUAUGGACGUUCUUAUAGGUUACCAGACCUUGAUCCUACACAGCAACAUUCUCCAGAUGAUGAUGCAAAUUUAGUGGAUUAUUUGAGAAAAAUGUUUACCACUAAAGAUGUGCAAAGGACAAAUCAAGUGCCAGAUUCCUUUUUAUCUCCACAGGACACUUCACCAGUGCAGGUUGGUGACUGGGUGUUUGUGAAGGCCAUAAAAAGGAAGUGUUGGUCCAGCCCACGUUGGGAAGGGCCAUUCCAAGUCCUGCUGACUACACCAACAGCUGUCAAGAUCGCUGAAAGGACGUCUUGGAUCCACCUGUCACACUGCAAGAAAAAGCAUCUGGGUGAGGCUAAUUCCAACUGCUAGGUGGGGAAGUCUGACUACAAAGGGAGGCAGCCGUAUAGAAGCUGCUUGUCUCAACGUCAGCGAAGCCGAGCGAUCCACCUAGUCUUAGGGAAGAAAGCACACCAGAACUCUUUUGCACUACACGGAUCCUACACUGUUAGAGGACUUGAGGAGGUGAUGUGCUAGUAACCUCUCCCUCCCGAAGACAGGCACAUAUCCACCAUGGCGUGUCCAACUGGGCUAAGAGACAGUUUAUUUUGUUUACUGUUCCUGCUAUUCCUGACAGGAGCCACCACAUGGAUUUGGUUCUUUUGGAAUCAUUAUCCACCUGCAAGAAGAACCACCAACGAGGAAAGACUAAAUGUUUCUCGACGAUGGCUGAGUAUUGAUGAACAUGAUGUUUUGAAUAGUCCAAAAAUGAACAUAACUCACCUGUAUAUGACAAAUUCUUGGUAUAGGUAUGUUAUGUUACUGGCUAAAGAAAGGAAUAGAUCUGAUUGCUAUGUUUGUUCUGUAAUUCCAGCUUCAUCCCUACAUCCUAAUUUGCAGGCAAAGCAAUUUUCUGAGUGGAAAAGCGACUGUGUUAUUGAAUAUAGUACCAGAGGGUAUAUUAGUACUGGAGCCGUCACCACUUCAAAUGGUACUCUUGUAAGACCAAGUUGCAAGAGUUUGUAUCAGUUUAAAAAACUGAAAUUGACAAAAUCAUUAGCUCCAUAUGCUAGUGUGGAACCAGGAACUGUGUUUCCACAUUGCGUAACUAACAAUGGCACAGAGUUUUUAGGAACUUUGCCGACAAAGAUGUGUCAUGAACUUCUUGUUCCCUUCACAGUCCAGAUAAUCAAUGACAGAGUUUCCCAUGGUUAUGCAGUUCCCUGCCCCAGAGGACGUUGUGUUGGAUCUAAUCCAGAUUUAAUGCCAGGUAACAAUGGUACUUAUGUGGUUGAUCAAAUGUUUUGGUUAUGUGGGCAGGCCCUCUACCUCAGUCUGCCUAGAGACUGGAGUGGGAUUUGUGCUCCCGUAAAGGUCACAGAUCACACUUUCAUAGUUUCUGCAGUCCAUGAGCCUCACCUGCGCCACAGACGUAACCUUAUUGAUGUCAAGCCACAUGAUUCCAUUUGGGGAUCAGAUGUACCUGGAGACCAUAAACUCUGGAAUACGGGGCAAAAGGUAACUAUGGCAUUGUUUCCCUGGGUAGGAACUGCUAAAAACGCUCUCAGAAUUGAGACCAUUGAUUAUCGAUUAGGUUUAUUUUUGAACGCUACAAUUAAAGCAUUUAAAGGCUAUAAUGAAGAAAUGUCAAGCAUGAGACUUAUGGUUCUACAGAACAGAUUGGUUUUGGACUUAUUGGUUGCUCAGGAGGGAGGUGUUUGUAAAAUGUUAAAUGACACCUGUUGUACAUUUAUUCCUGACAACACCGAUGAAGGUCACAGCGUCACUGAAGCAUUACAUCAACUUGAAAAGGUUCAGCAGGCAAUGCAGGAUGACAGGAAACCCCAAUCUUGGGAUUUCUUCUCCUGGUUUGCUUUUGGUUCCUGGUGGCAACUUUUGUUAAAAAUAGUGACACCUAUUCUUAUGGUACUGAUCAUAUGUUGUGUGUUCACUAUGUGCAUUUUUCCUUGUAUUCAAUCUAUGAUUUCCAGAGCAGUGAAUGGUGGAGUACAAAGUGUUCUUCUGAGUCAAGAAUACAACUUGUUAUUAAAGGGAGAACAAGAUGACUGUAAUGAUUUUGAAAUUGAAAUGACUUGAAAAAAAAAAAAAAAAACUUCUCAUCUGAGUGUAAAUUGAAAGUGUUAUGAAAAUGAAGAUGUCACAGAAAACUGAAAAGAGAUGUGAUAUUGGAUGUGAGAUUUUAACAUUUAUCAAUGAUAAACAGGAGGGAGUAUGUGAAGGAAUUUGUUUUAUUAUUAUCAUUGUUUAAAUGUAUUUCUUUAAAUGUUAACUCAGAUUGACCUUUUUACCUCUUCUGAAAACAGUUCUGUGUGUUUGGUCAUCUGCUUCUCAUGCCCAGCCAGGAACAGGGGGGUUUUACGACACACUGUCCUCAGCUGAUAAGUGAUACUGUUUGAAGUUAGAAUCCACCAAAGGGGUCAUUGUAUGACACCCCCUAAUGAACUUUUCCUCUUUGUUUUGAAAAUGUUACCUCCUUCUUGUGUUCUUAAUAAAAGGUGCACAGGGAGAGCAGAACCUUUGAGAAGAGCAGCGUGUUGGUUGUUUUCUGUCACACUGGCUGCUUCUCCCUCGUGCAUGAGAAACUUGA